AACUCCAAUAAAAAUCCAGACAGAGGUAUAUAAGAAGAAAGUCCUUCUAUCAAAGUUCUUUCUCUUCUUGGACUUUUAAAUAGUGACUACCUAAAUUGAGUAUCUGGCAAGAGUAAGAUUAAGCAGUAGUUUGUUCCAAAGAAGAAUCUUCUACCAAGGAGCAACGUUAAAGAAUGAAAUUAACUUUUCUCUUGGGCCUGUUGGCUCUUACUUCAUGUUUCACGCCCAGUGAGAGUCAAAGAUUCCCUGGAAGACAGUAUCUAUCUGGCCAGCUGCCACCACUUCCACCUUACAGGCCAAGAUGGCUUCCACCAAGUCCCCCACCUCCCUAUGGCUCAAGACUUAAUUCACCACUUUCUCUUCUCUUUGUUCGAGGGCGAGUUCCACCAUCUUCUUUUCCUCAGUUUAGCCAAGCGGUCAUUCUAUCUCAACUCUUUCCAUUGAAACCUAUUGGACAACCUCGACUCUUUCCAGGUUAUCCAAACCUACAUUUCCCACUAAGACCUUACUAUGUAGGACCUUUUAGGAUAUCAAAACCCCAAUUUCCUCCUAUUCCUUUUUAUCUUGCUAUUUACCUUCCCAUCUCUAACCCUAAACCCCAAAUAAAUACCACCACCACAGAUACAAUAAUCACCACAAAUCCACCUACCACCACAACAGCAACCUCCAACACAUCCACAAAACAUACAAUGACAGUCACCUCUUCAACAGUACCUAUCUCUUCAAUACCAGAGCCUGCUGCCUCCACAUCAGCAGCAACCCCCACAGCACCUACUGAAAAUACUACUCAAAUUCUCACCAACCCGCCUCACACUGUAUUGCUCAGUGCCACUGUCCAAGUUACAACUUCCAACCAAACUACAUUCAGAAGCACAAUGCCUAAAAGUUUUUGGCAAAAACUUUUUGACAUUUUUGGUUGAAGAUGCAAGAAAUGAUACUUUCCAAACUGCUCUGAUAUCUGAGAAGAAAUAAACUGCGAUGAUUUUGAUGGAACCAACCCUGACCUAACCAGCACACCAAAUAAAUAAAGUAUUUGAGCAGUAAUA